AUGGUAACAACAGCAGAGGGAAAAUUUAAGGGGGAAAUAAAAAGUGAUGCUGAAAAAAAAAAUAAGAGAGAGCAAAAAGUAAGGAAGAUCACAAAACGAAAGAUAAAUACAAAACGAAAGAUAAAUACAAAACGAAAGAUAAAUACAAAACAGAAGUUUACAAAACAGAAGUUUACAAAACAGAAGUUUACAAAACAGAAGAUAAAUACAAAACAAAAGAGCAAUGCAUAUGCAAAUGCGAAUGAUGAGAAAGUAGUGAAAAGCACAAACAUAAUGGCAAUUAAGAAAAAAGGAAUGAAUGCGGAACUAAGAUCUCUAUCCCAUGAUUUCUUCGAUUUGUUUAGCCCAUAUUGUGUACUUUUUUAUGUAAACAAAUUAAAAAAUUUAAUCGAAUUAAAUAAAAAAUUAAAAGAAUUAAGCUAUAAAUACACCACUUUUAUAUAUGUACAGAAUAAUAGACUGCUAUACAACAUUAUGAGCAAUUAUACAAAAUUAUCUUUAACUUUUCAAAUUCAAAGUUUUACAAAUUCGUCAGUAAUUAAAUCGAAGUAUUCAAAAGAUGAAUAUUUUAAUUUUAAAAAAUUAAAACCAUUACUUAUUUUAAAAAAUUUCAAUGAUGGUGCAAAUUGUGAAAUGGAAAAUUUUUUAGUUAUUACACGAAAUAUACUAAAAAAUUUAUAUCCAUGUGUAAAUUUGAAUAACGAUUUUACAAAUAAACCCAGGAGAAUCAUAUUAUAUUGUUACAAUAAUAUGGACGAAACGAUAUAUUUUCGUCAAUAUGUAGUAAAUGUAAAAAGAGAAUCAUUUAAAAAAUUGCUAAAUGAAGCAUAUAAACAAAAAAAUAUAAGUGAAUAUUAUGACAUAUAUAAUUAUGUAUCAAAUAAUAUUGAUAUGGAUAAAUUUAUAAAUGAUAAGGAAUCCAAAAUGAUAGAAAUAGGACCGCGAGUAAGCUUCAAGAUUUUUAAAAUUGCAGAUCAGGAUAAAGGUAUUUAUAUAUUCAAUGAUGGAAAGAAAGUAACACUUAAAAGUAAUAUUUCGGACUAUGAAGAAUGA